AUGUCUAAAAUUCUCCCAAAAUAUGACAUGACAUUUUGGUGUACAGCUCUGAAGUCUGUCAUUGAUGGUGAGUAUGAGAGUGUGAAGUUGUCUGCAGUUUCCAUUGAACCAAUUGUAAUGCGGGUAAAAAUUAACGUAAAGGAGAAAGUGUGGCUGUGGGAAAUUUUGUCAGCCGGUUCGAUUAACGGGUCCAGUGACUCUCAAGCUGGUCUUUGUGCCAGUAAAAACCAAAAAGGGGAAGUAACCCCAGUUAGUGCAAGUAAAAAAGGAAGAGAAGUAAUCCCAUAUAGGGCCUGGAUACGUGAAAUCCUUCUGGAUGGGGAUUACCCUUCCAAACAUGUUUUCUUUCAGUUUGGAGGUAAUCCGGUUGCAUGUGUCAUCGGUCUUGCAGUAUUAGAUAUUAUUCAGAAUGAAAAAUUGAUUAUAAGUGCAACAUCAGUUGGGAAAACAUUAUUAGAAAACCUUCAAGUUCUUAAAGAAAAGCAUUCAGCCGUUGGAGAUGUGCGAGGGCUAGGUUUAUGUUUGGGUAUUGAUAUUGUAGAAAACAGGAACAGUCGAAAACCUGCUAUGGAGCUUGCUCAAAAGAUUAUGUAUAGACUGAAAGAACAGCACCAUAUUCUUGUACAGACACUUGGCCCAUAUCGGAAUGUAAUUACCAUUACACCACCAAUGUGCUUCACACAGCUGAAUGCUCGAGUUCUGUACAAAGCAUUAGACUCUGUUCUUAGUGAACUCUCUGGGAACGAGCCAGUUACUGGAAAAGGAUUCCUACAGUCUAAAACACUUCUCUCUGUUGAGGACUUACACACUUUGGAUGAUGAAGAUUUCAACGGCCCAAAUGCCAAAAAACCCAGGACAAGCUAUGAAGAUGUGGAUUAAGUUGAACUGAUUUUUAUCUUUGAAAUAUUCUUCUAUAUACACCAUAUUUUUAUCAACAUAUUAGAUAUAAAAAUUUAUGAAAUAGAUCAUGAUGAAUGCUAGACAUCAUAACUUGAAUAAAAUGCUUUAUUGAAAGCACAUAA